GCCACCGCUUCUCCGACCCCGUCAAGUAGUGGUCGGAGGCCGCCGGAAAGCUCUCUCCGGCCGGCGACACCAACCUCCUCGAGAAGGGCAGCUUCGAGUACUACGCCGAACUCGCCUACUCGACCGCCUCCUCCGCGGCCGCCAGCUCGUCGAGUCCACCGACAGCCUCGCUUUCUCCGACGGCAACUCCACUUUUCAGAUCACCUCUUUGGGAUAUUCGCAUUAUACGACGGUGCAAUUGGGGACGCCGGGAAUAAAGUUUAUGAUGGCGCUUGAUACUGGGAGUGACCUGUUUCGGGUGUCUUAUGCUCCUAAUUUCGAGGUCAGCAAAUAUGACCCCAAAGGGUCAUCGACUAGCAAGAAAGUCCGUUGCAGCGUAAUAAAUGUCUGGGAGCAUUCAACACUUGCCCUUAUAGGGUCUCUUAUAUAUGUCUCUGAUCAAACUUCUACUUCUGGGAUAUUGGUAGAGGAUGUUCUGCACUUAACAACAGAAGUCAUCACGAAUAUGUUGAGGCAUACAUUUCCUUUGGUUGUGGACAGGUGCAAAGUGGUUCAUUCCUGGAUAUUACUGCUUCUAAUGGUUUGUUUGGUCGUGGUAUGGAGAAGAUGUCUGUUCCUAGCAUUUUAUCCCGGGAAGGCUUUACUCUCUUCCAUCCAUCAAGUUCAUUCGGUAAAGUACAUUACGACCAUACACCUCAGUCCUUCUCCUUUUUCUCUACUCUUCUAGACAUACUGGUAUCUUCUCUCCAAGGCAAAAUACUAAAUCUGUAAUAGCUCAAAGAAAACAGAGAAGUCAUCAUGGCUAUUCACUACCCAAGAAUCUGAAAUUCUUCUUUGCUUACUGCUGCCUCUAGUAAGUUCAAUUUGCCUCUCUUCUUAAACCCAAUUGUUCUGCUUCAACCAUUCAAGAAAUUGGGAUGCGAUUUGCUGUAAAUUGAUUAGGUGGCUCGAUUUGCUGAAAAGGUGUUAACAAUUGGAAUUGAUUUACUAUAGCUAUUGAUUGGCUUUAUUAGCCGCUGAACUAAGGCUUUGAGGUAGGGAAGUGUGUGAAGAGAUAUCAGACUUGUUUUACUGUGUGAGUCUGAUCAGAGACGCAGCAAGUGUAUGAAGAGAUAUCAGAAAAAUUAUAUCUGACAAAUUCUAAAGUCUACAUGGAUUCAAAACUUAUCUAUGAUGUUGUAUACAAUUCUGAUUUUCAUUUUACUGUAUGACAAACAAAGUUGAGUUGAAUUUAUAGUCUAGCUUUCUUAUGGAAAUUGAGAUUGCAACCAUUAGAUCAUCAA